AUGACUGCCGUGCGUUCCCCAAACCAUCCUGCGACAUUCAAUGGCCAUUUUCAACCAAUCUCCGAGUCUGUUGCCGAAUCGGUCCGAGCAAAUCAGUACGGUUAUGUCAAGACUCCUAGCUUCAUCCAAUGCGCCGGCAGCAAUGGUGAUAAAAACGAGGACUUCGAGGUCGAGCUCGUGACGAAUACAGCAUUAACAAACACCCUCAAUACCGACUCCAUAUAUGCCAUUAGUGGAAAGAUCAUUGCAUUGAACAAUGGUUCCACGCCAAUGCUUUCAUAUUUCCAAGACACCGUUGUUCGUAUAGGAGCUUCCAGCCCUGACCAACCUGACUUUUCCAACAAGACAAUUGUCACCAGUCUCGGAAUGGUAACCUCCCGUUGCGAAGUGGCCAAUGGAGCUUCCGACUCCGGCAGCCAGUUGGAAGUCAUUGUUGCCCAUUGUGACUGGGAUGGCGAAGAACGAAUUCAUAGACGAUUCAACAUCAAGUACAUUGUGCCUGGCAGUAAAAACCUCGUCAAAACACACACCUUAUACCAAGCAGGACGCGAAGUUAACAUCAUCGGUAGAUUGGUCGACUUUGAUAUUGAAGAUCAUAUGGCAAUAGUUGUUGUGUCUUCUGUAUCCAUCACUUCUGGCCACCAAAUUGGGCGACCCAUUCCUGCCAUUCAUGGACAAGCUACGACCAGCUCAAUCACCGGAAGAAAGUUUACAAGUUUUUCGGCUAAGAUGAAAGGCUCACCUAACAAUUCGCCUCCGACUGAAAUAUCAAAAACAACCGUGCCAAACGCAAAGGCUUCAUCUCAACCUGACCAACCCAACCCACAAAGUACUCCCUCUCGCCCCGGCCUCCUCAACAAAGGAAAGGCAAGAGCUCUCGAUGCUCCUGUUAGUCAUGAUGAAGAGGCGACGGAAGAUGAAACCGAAUCAGACAGCGCACCCGAGCCCGAAACUACCCCGAACCCCAAAAUCAAGCGUGGCCGCCCUCGCAAGAGCAUCAUUCAAGAUGCUGCUAAACGUAUGAAAAAGUACUGA